AUGCCCUGCCCUGCCCGUGGGGGGCCCGCUGGCCCGGCGCCCGGUCCUGGGCUUGGCACCGCCUGCACCCGCGGCCGCCCCCAGCUGGAGGAGUGGAGGGAUCGGGCACAGCUCGCCCGCGGGUCGGGAUUCCUGGGGCCUGAGUGUGCGGCCGCCCUGUCACCGGCCGGAGGUGACGGAGGCCACGCGGGCAUGUGGGCGCCCUGCCUGCCAGCACCGUGCCGCCCGCCACCGGUGCCCGUGCCCGUGCCCCUGGCAGCAGUGACUCCCGGCGACGAGGCCAGGCAGGGCUGCAGCACCGAGCCCUCCUGGGACAGCCUGCGGCCCCUCGACCCCACCCCUGGGCGGCGGGAUAAAGGCGGGGGCUCCGCCCGCCUCGCCCCACUGGCCUGCGCCACACACCGGGCCUGGACGCCGGUCCGACAGCCUGACCUCGACCUGGCCUUGCCCGGAGGGGACGCGCGGGUAGCGCGGCCCGGGCGCAGGACGACCGCGAUCGCGGCGAGCGCGCCCUCCACCCGGACCCUCCCCACCCGCCCCCCGCUCCGCUCUGCUCCGUUCCGCCCGGGAGGGACGCCCGCGCCGUCCGCGGGACGCAGCUUCCGCCUCCACCUCGAGCCCCGGGUCCCCGCGGGAAGGGGCCAACCGCACCCCCACGCCCCUGCCCGCGGCCCGGCGAGGGUCUGCGGCGCCCCGCGCACCCGGCUCCCCAGCGCGGGCGGGGCAUGGAGGCCGCAGCCCGGAGGCGCCCGGAGCUGCCGGCGCGGGGUUCCCGGAGCCUGCGACCUGGGCCCCCCGGCGGAGGCGGCGCCCAUGAGCCUGGCGAUCCAGAGCACCACGGGCACCCGCUACGAGCUGUCGGUGCCCGCCGACGAGACGGUGGAGGGGCUGCGCCGCCGCCUGGCCCAGCGCCUCAAGGUGCCCAAGGACCGCCUGGCCGUGCUGCACAAGGACACGCGCCUGAGUUCGGGCAAGCUGCAGGACCUCGGCGUGGGCGAUGGCAGUAAGCUGACCCUGGUGCCCACCGUGGAGGCCGGCCUCAUGUCCCAGGCCUCCCGGCCCGAGCAGUCAGUGAUGCAAGCCCUGGAGAGCCUGACCGAGACGCAGGUCAGCGACUUCCUGUCCGGCCGCUCAACGCUGACCCUGGCCCUGCGUGUCGGCGACCACAAGUUUGUACAGCUGCAGCUGGCGGCCCAGCACGCCCCCCUGCAGCCCCGACACGUCCUGGCCGCCCGCACGGGGGACCCUGGCCCCGCAGCCCCUGCCUCGCCUCGCUGUCCGACGGCCGGCACCCCCCGAGUCCCCCCGGUGCCCACCGGCCCCACACCGACCGCCCCCACGCCCGUCACCUCCGGAAGCUUCUGCUCACACUCUGCACCUGCUAGCUGCCCCGAGCAGAUGGAUUGCACCACCCCGGCAGGCACCUCCACCGGACCCCCGGCCUCCCCGCCACCCGUUUCCCGCAAGCCGGGCGCUGUCAUCGAGAGCUUCGUGCACCACGCCCCCGGCAUCUUCUCAGGAACUUUCUCCGGCACGCUGCACCCCAACUGCCAGGACAGCAGCGGGCGACCGCAGCGGGACAUUGGGACCAUCCUGCAGAUCCUCCACGACCUCCUGAGUGCCACACGGCACUACCAGGGCAUGCCUGCCUCGCUGGCCCAGCUGCGCUGCCACGCACAGUGUGCGCGCCGGACCUCGAGCCACAAGUCUACCUCCUGCGAGAAGCUGCCAGCCGCCCCGGCCGCCCUGAGCCAAGUCCGUGUGUGCAAGCCCCCCGGUGACCGGCUGCGGCAGACGGAGAACCGGGCGACGCGCUGCAAGGUGGAGCGUCUGCAGCUGCUACUGCAGCAGAAACGGCUCCGCAGGAAGGCCCGUCGGGACGCGCGGGGGCCCUACCACUGGCCCCCCAGCCGCAAGGCGGGGAGCGGCGGCGGCGGGCCCGGGGAGGCGGCCGGUCUGGGCCUCGACUUUGAGGACGCCGUGUGGAAGCCCGAGGUGAACCCCGACAUCAAGUCCGAGUUCGUGGUAGCCUAGGACCCGCCGCCCGGCCUCGGCCCCCUCCUCCCAGCUGUUUCCUCAUUCAACAGAUGCGGCAGCGGCGGCCUCUCCUCUCCGUCCUCCCCGGCGCCCCUCCCAGCCCCAGGCAGCGGCCCCCACCUCCCCGUCAUUCCCAUCCCGAGAGGCCGAUUGUCAAGAUGCACUUUACAGACGGGGCGCACCCUGCGCUCUGCCCGGCUCUCCUGCUAUCUUUCCGUUUCCCUCUUUUAUUAUUAUUUUUUUUCCCCUUUUGGAAACGCAGAGCCUUGGGGACUGGGGCUUGUGGGGGUGAAGGGCCCUCCACAGCCCCCACACACUGUGUCCCCCCGACUUUCUGAGCUGGGAUAUUUAUAGACUCCUCUUCUGACUGAGCCAAUGUUCCAAUGUUCGAGAACCUCGUGAAAAACCUGAGGAAGGAAAGGUUGGGGCUGGGGCUGCAGAGUCGAACCCUGACCCGCCCCGGGGCAGGGGGUCCAGGGACUGGACUGUGGGGGCAGCCAGACAGACGGGGGCCCAGGGACUGGACUGGGGGCAGCCGGACAGACAGGUGCUGAGCUGUGAAUCCCCUGGUCUGUAGCAUUAACCCCCUGGGAUGCGGCUGCUGUUCUCAGAGCCCCCAAGUCUCACCCAGCAGAGCCCAGGGUGAGGGGCAGACCCCCAGGGUCCCCUUCAGUAGGGCACGGUGUCUUACCCCUCUUUGUUUUCUACUGGGGGCCCCUGCCCCCCCCCCCCCGUCACCUGUCCUGUUCUUCAGAUUCAGACACCCCCACUCCGUCUCGUAGCUGAAGCCCCUGUUGUGCCCCCCAGUCUGUUAAAGUUAAUGGUUUCAGAUGUGAACAUUGUUAACUGUAGCUAUGUACAUUUUUUGUGGGGGGUGGGGGGGCUGGGAGGGAGGUACCGAGGGGUUUAGAGGUUCGGGCUGUUUUUGUUUUGUUUAAAAAAAAAAGAAAAAGAAACCAGAUUAAAAAAAAAAAAAAGCAAAGGGGCGGGUUUGUUUUCUGAAAAACUUGUCUUGAUACCUAUUUAAUGUGUGCUGGACUUGGGGGUUUUUUUGUUUUUCUAAAUGAUUUUUUUUUUUUUAACAAGCAAUGGCUGUGCCUCCCGUGGGGUCUGAGGGUGGAGACUCAUAGGCAGGAACUGGCCACCCCCCUCUGCCCACCCUCUUAGGAGAGAGCAUUACCCAGCGAGAAGGGGAGACCCCCACUCAAACGUUGGACAAGUCACCUUGCCCCAAGGAACACGGAGGUUUCAAGUAAUAAACAGAUGGAAACACUG